AUGACAGGACGCUCACGCUCAUCGACGCUCUCCUCGACCCGCUCGCCCGUCUCGCACGACCACCAACCCCUUCACCCCGCGCCCACUCACUCGCCCUUCGCAGCACACCCCUCCCACAACCCUUUCGACACACACGACGAACCCGUAGUAAAGAGCUACAGGAGCGAACACUCGCUCAGGACUCUGCGGGCGCCAGGAGGAGGGGAGGACAGCGACGACGAGCGCGAGGGCGGUCAACGUGCGGUUCGAGGUUCCGACGAGCGUGCGCGCGCGGAUCGGGCGAACGGGUUGCAAGGGAGACGAGUCGGACCGCAGUUUGUCAUCGACCUCGCGCCCACGACUGGCGAGGGCGCGAUAACGGGUGGAGCAGCGUCGGGAGGACGCCCGCGAGCGACGACUUUCGGAGGAGUCGAGUUGCCGCCCAGCCCGAAUCCGGCUCUCCAACGCACCGCAGACGACACGAGCGACGAAGACAAGCCCACGCCGCGUCCGGGACUGAACGCGCGCACCCGCUCAACCUCCGUCUCGUCCGUCUCGUCCCUCCGCUCGCUCGACCCCUCCCUGCACCUCGGGGGCACGACCUUUGCCGAGCGUCGACCACUCCUCUACGCCUCCCUCCAGGCUGCCGCCAUCCUCGUCGUCUCGGCGCUCGGCAUGUACCUCGUCUUGAAGGUCACCCUGCCGCCGAUCGACGACGGCGACAGGGAAAAGGUCAAGCUCCCCAAGAGCUUUGACGACUUGAAAGAGUUGAACGAGGUCUUGCAGGUCUACCGCGACCGGAAUUACUACCGCGUAAUGGGCUGCUUCGUCAUCGUCUACCUCUUCCUCCAAGCCUUCUCCAUCCCAGGCUCAAUGUACCUCUCGAUGCUCGGCGGAGCGCUGUUCGGCGUCUUGGUCGCCUUGCCGCUCGUUUGUUUCUGCGUAGCAACAGGCGCACUACUCUGCUACCUCCUCUCCGCCCUCCUCGGUCCCUCAGUACUCGCCAACUCGGCCGUCUGGCAAGCCCGUGUCGAGGCGUGGCAGGAGCGCGUCAGGGGUCACGAGAAGAAUUUGGUGUCGUAUUUGAUCGUGCUCAGGAUCGCCCCACUCCCGCCGCACUGGAUGCUCAACCUCGCAGCACCGCAUGUCGGUGUCAGCGUCUGGAAGUUCUGGCUGUCGACGUUCCUCGGCGUCGCAGGCGUCUCGUACAUCCACACCCAAAUCGGCACCACGCUCGACCAGAUGGCCGGAUCGGACGAUCUGCAUCUCGUCACGUGGCAGAAUGCGUGUGGGCUCGGUGGGAUCAUAGUCGCCGUCCUCAUCCCCGUUUUCCUCCGCCGCCUCUUCGCCGCCGACCUAGCCGACGCAGCCCAAGACCCCUCCACCACGUCUUCCUCGCUCCCGCCUACCUCGCGCGUCUCGCUGGAUUUGGAGAGCGGUGGGAGGUUGGGCACGCCGAGGGAGUUGCUGGAUGGGACGGUGAGGAGCUCGACGGAUGGGAGUGCGAGGGUGCGGCGGUAUGACGAGGAGGAGGAGGAGGAGGACGAGGAGGAGGGGGCGCGGGGUGAGGACGAGGUGAGGAAGGCGUUGUUGAGGCGGUGA